GGGAAAGGUUCCGGAUCCACCACGACCUUGACCAGGAUAAAGCACUUACAAGGAAGUGAGUAAAUGAAAAACUAUUUAUCUGGGAGGCGAGAGAUUAUAGAAAGUGCAAAUAUGUACCAGGACCAGAAUCACGACUUCUACCAAAAUCACAUGGAAACCCACCACGUGACAAGUGUAUGUGACAGCAGUGUUAUAAAAGGCGAGUAUCUGAGACAGAAGAGCGAGAGACCAGCCGUCCUUCUACACAUAAAGAUCUCUCUACAAAGAUCUCUUCCUGCGAUCAUCUCACACCUUCUACUGAACUUCAACAUCAAGUUCCUGCAGCUUGUGGUGGAUAUCUGCUCUCCAUCACCUCACACACUCCUCACACACACUCCUCACACACUCCUCUCACACACACUCCUCUCACACACACACUCCUCUCACACACACUCCUCCACUGUGCAUCAGGAUGAAGCUCCUCGCUCUGGUGCUCCUGCUCUCCACUUUCUCCUCACUGACCCUGACGGAGGUUGUCAAUUUUAAACAAUUCUGUCCUUCAUUCUUCAUCCGAAACCCGGGAAAAAUAGGUGACAUCAUCAUCCCCACUAUCUUCCGUGGCCAUCAGUAUAAGACGAUUUGUCAGCGCUGGAAAAACACAUACAGAUUUGCCACCGUGUAUGACACUGUGAGGAGGAUCCCUGUUUACUCGGCCUACACGUUCUUAGAGCAAGGGAACACUAGCCGCAGUGAGGAAUGGAAAAUUGAACCUCAGCUUGAAGAUAUCAACGAAUAUAAAAACAAGAAAGAGAUGAUGGAUUCCCCGAGAGACCUGAAAACUGUGGGAAACAUAAUUAACCAGGCUGUGGACUUAGAUUAUGGAAAGAGUGUGUAUACUCGAGGUCAUGUGUUUCCACAUAGCUAUGCUGCUAAUCAGGAUCAAGCAAAUUCCACCUUCACUUUAACCAAUAUAGCACCACAAACACAAAACAGCAACGGGGCGUGGGAACAGCAAGUGGAGGAACCGAUGCGUACUGAAAAUAAAGAACAUUUGCAGGCUAGACCAAAAGCACCUGGCGUACAUUGUGACCGGGGUCGUUCCAGGGAAUAAUUGGAUAACGAUAACAAGAGGCGAAAACAAUUAUGAAAAAGGAAUUAAUAUCCCCAGUUAUUUUUGGAGCGCUUUCUGUUGCACCGGUAAAAAUGAUCAUAAGGAACUCAUAUCGAAGGCCUACAUCGCUGAGCUAGAGAACUUUAAAGUACUGAAGCCCUCCAUUGGCAGGCUGAAUAAACGACUCACAGACUUGUAUGGUCAGGAUUUCAGUGUGUUUCCAGGAUUAUCAGUUGAGGAAAUACAGCCUCCUUUCUAACCUGAAAUUCUCUAUUUAAAUCUAAAAAUCGCAUAAAACAGCUUCAUUUAGUUAAAAACGUAUGUAACAAGAAACAUUAAAAUGCUCUAUUAUAUUCCAUCUCAUCUUCUGAUGCAUUUUUAAUUGUACUAAAUCAAGGUGUUUAUUUACGGCUGCUUCACACUCGGACAGCGCAUGAUUUACAGAUGUUAUAUUCAGUAUAAUUACAUACACUUCUGUCUGUUAAUUAUCCUGCAGAUCUUUAAUAAA